AGAUCUGGGGUUGCUGGAAUUUUGGGGGCUGUUUUAAAGCCAUUUUGUUUCUUCGAACAAGAUGAUGUGUGAGGUGAUGCCAACCAUCAGCGAGGCAGAGAUUCCCUCAGGAGGAAAUGGAGGCCAUGGUUCAGGCUCUCCUUUACAGUCGGAUGCUGAUUCUCAUUUUGAGCAGUUAAUGGUAUCCAUGUUGGAGGAAAGGGAUCGACUUCUGGACACACUAAGAGAGACUCAAGAAACGCUAGUAUUGACCCAGGGCAAGCUACAUGAAGUCAGUCAUGAAAGAGAUUCCUUGCAGAGACAGCUCAAUACGGCACUUCCACAGGAGUUUGCAGCACUUACUAAAGAGCUUAAUGUAUGCAGGGAACAGCUCCUUGAAAGGGAAGAAGAAAUUGCUGAACUGAAAGCAGAAAGAAAUAAUACAAGGCUGCUAUUAGAACAUUUGGAAUGUCUAGUCUCCAGACAUGAGCGAUCCCUUAGAAUGACUGUUGUAAAGAGACAGGCUCAGUCUCCAGCAGGAGUGUCUAGUGAAGUUGAAGUUCUCAAAGCACUAAAAUCACUAUUUGAACAUCACAAAGCCCUUGAUGAAAAGGUAAGGGAAAGAUUACGAGUAGCACUUGAAAGGUGUAGUUUGUUGGAAGAAGAACUAGGUACUACGCAUAAAGAGUUAAUGAUUCUGAAAGAGCAAAACAAUCAGAAAAGAACACUAACUGAUGGGGUGCUGGAUAUAAAUCAUGAUCAGGAAAAUACACCAAGCACAAAUGGGAAGAGAUCUUCUGAUGGUUCUUCAAGCCACGAUGAAGACCUUGCUAAAGUUAUAGAACUCCAAGAAAUUAUAGACAAGCAGACCAACGAGCAAGGCCAAAUGAAGGAACGUCUCACUGCUCUUUCUAGCAGAGUAACAGAGCUGGAAGAAGAUCUUGACACAGCUAGAAAAGAUUUAAUAAAAUCAGAAGAAGUGAAUACAAAGUUACAAAGAGAUGUACGAGAGGCCAUGGCCCAAAAGGAAGACAUGGAAGAGAGAAUUACAACUCUUGAAAAACGCUACCUCGCCGCACAGCGUGAAGCUACAUCUGUGCAUGACCUCAAUGAUAAACUUGAAAAUGAAAUUGCUAAUAAAGACUCCAUGCACCGACAAAGUGAAGAUAAGAACCGACAGUUGCAAGAACGACUGGAACUGGCUGAGCAAAAGUUGCAGCAGACUUUGAGAAAAGCUGAGACUUUGCCUGAGGUGGAGGCUGAACUGGCACAGAGAGUUGCAGCACUUUCAAAGGCUGAGGAGAGACAUGGCAACAUUGAAGAACGGUUACGACAGAUGGAAGCACAAUUGGAGGAAAAGAAUCAGGAAUUGCAAAGGGCUAGACAAAGAGAGAAGAUGAAUGAAGAACAUAAUAAACGUUUAUCAGAUACUGUUGAUAAACUUCUGUCUGAAUCCAAUGAAAGACUUCAGCUUCAUCUCAAGGAAAGGAUGGCUGCUCUGGAAGAUAAGAACUCUCUUCUUCGAGAAGUUGAAAAUGCAAAGAAGCAAGUAGAGGAUCUUCAACAUGAAAAGGAUCAACUGGUACUAAAUAUUGAAGCAAUGAGGGCUGAAAAUGACCAAAUGAGGAUCAGAGCCACUUCUCUUCACCAUAGCCGACCACAUUUGGGUAGUGUACCAGAUUUCAGAUAUCCGAUGACACCAUUAUCUGUGGCUGACAGUCAUACGGAUCCCUAUAGCACCUCAUCAGUGUUAAGACGGCCCCAGAAAGGGCGUUUGGCAGCUCUACGAGAUGAACCUUCAAAGGUUCAAACCCUUAAUGAACAGGAUUGGGAACGUGCACAACAAGCAAGUGUGUUGGCAAAUGUAGCACAAGCAUUUGAGAGUGAUGUUGAUGUCUCGGAUGGUGAAGAUGACAGAGAGACUAUAUUCAGUUCAGUCGAUCUUCUGUCACCUAGUGGUCAGGCUGAUGCUCAGACUUUAGCCAUGAUGCUUCAAGAGCAAUUGGAUGCAAUUAACAAAGAGAUUAGAUUGAUACAAGAAGAAAAGGAAAAUACGGAGCAGCGAGCAGAGGAAAUUGAAAGUCGAGUUGGUAGCGGGAGUCUAGAUAACAAUGGACGAUUUCGGUCAAUGAACUCCAUUCCCCUUCCUUUUAUUGGUGGGACCCUCGCUGGUUCCUCUCCUCCUGGUAGUGGCCGUUCCACACCAAGGCGGAUCCCACAUAGUCCAGCUCGGGAAGUGGACAGACUAGGUAUUAUGACACUAUCUCCAGUUUCUGGAGAAGAAGUACGAGAUGACAAGACCACAAUAAAAUGUGAGACAUCACCACCAUCUUCGCCUCGAUCUCUGCAUUUGGAUAGAGUCCAUAAAGGAGCUUUGCAUACAUUGAGCCACGAAGACAUCAGGGACAUAAGAAAUUCUACAGGUUCUCAAGAUGGGCAAGUAAGCAACCCCAGUAGCAGUAAUAGUAGCCAGGAUUCCCUUCACAAAGCCCCUAAAAAGAAGGGGAUCAAAUCCUCUAUAGGUCGCUUAUUUGGUAAGAAAGAAAAGGGUCGACCUGGACAAACCAGCAAAGAAUCUUUGGGACAAGUUGGCUUGGCAGAAACAGACAAUUCAUCUCAAGAGGCCUUAGGACUCAGCAAACUUGGGGGACAGGCAGAAAAAAAUAGAAAACAACAGAAAAAACAUGAAUUGCUUGAGGACGCUAGAAGGCAAGGUCUGCCUUUUGCACAAUGGGAUGGCCCUACUGUGGUGGUGUGGCUAGAGUUAUGGGUAGGGAUGCCAGCAUGGUAUGUGGCCGCUUGCCGAGCAAAUGUGAAAAGUGGUGCCAUCAUGUCUGCCUUGUCUGAUACGGAAAUACAGCGUGAAAUUGGAAUCAGUAAUCCUCUGCACAGGUUGAAACUGAGGCUUGCCAUUCAAGAGAUCAUGUCACUAACAAGUCCAUCUGCCCCUCCUACGUCAAGAACGACCACGGGAAAUGUCUGGGUAACACAUGAAGAAAUGGAAAAUCUUACAGCCACGCCACAAACGGAAGAUGAGGAGGGAAGCUGGGCUCAGACUCUAGCAUACGGUGAUAUGAACCAUGAGUGGAUUGGCAAUGAGUGGCUCCCCAGUUUGGGGCUCCCUCAAUACCGCAGCUACUUCAUGGAAUGUCUUGUUGAUGCUAGAAUGCUAGAUCACUUGACUAAGAAAGAUCUCCGUGGACAACUUAAAAUGGUUGACAGUUUUCAUAGAAACAGCUUCCAGUGUGGUAUUAUGUGUUUGCGAAAAUUAAAUUAUGACCGAAAAGAACUUGAAAGAAGAAGAGAAGAAAGCCAGAAUGAAAUAAAAGAUGUUCUUGUAUGGAGCAAUGACAGAAUGAUUCACUGGGUACUGUCAAUCGGUCUUAAAGAAUAUGCAAAUAACCUUAUAGAAAGUGGAGUUCAUGGUGCACUUGUGGCCUUAGAGGAAACUUUUGAUUUCAAUGCAUUAGCUUUAUUAUUACAAAUACCUACUCAGAACACACAGGCUCGUGCUGUUUUGGAGAGAGAAUUUAAUAACCUUCUUGUUAUGGGCACUGACAGGAGAUUUGAAGAAGAUGAUGAUAAAAGCUUUAGACGAGCACCUUCGUGGAGAAAGAAGUUUAGACCAAAGGACAUAAGAGGCUUAGCUGCUGGAUCUGCAGAGACUCUUCCUGCAAACUUCAGAGUUACCUCCUCAAUGUCUUCACCUUCUAUGCAGCCAAAGAAGAUGCAAAUUGAUGACUAACUGCAUGCUGUGUUCUGCAUGUCU